AGCAAGCCGGAGCUGGGCUCCGCCGCUGUCGCUCGGGAGGGGAGGACGCGGCGAGUCGGAGCGACGCCCCUGCGCGCCCGUCUCCCUCCGUCCCCCGACUGCAGCCCGCGCGCUGCUGCCUCGGCUCCCGGGGUCUUUGCUGCCUCACCCCGCUCCUUGCUGCGCCCUUGUGGUCCCUGGAGGAGCCGGCGUGGGCGGGCGGGGAGGAGUCACCUGGGGCGGCCCCCCGCCGCGAGGGGGAUGCUGUGAGCGUGGCUUGGCCGCGCCAGCCCUGCGCUGAGCUUCGGGACCUGUUUUAGAAGAAAUGUGGUGAAUAUCAACUUACUUUAGUUGGGGGGGACAUUCUGAAAUGAGAAUUGUGAUAAUUUUAUUCAAGAGAUGAUGAUGAUAAGGAAGAGAGAUCUUAUUACAGAUGACCAAGACUGAGUAUUUUUGGACAUGAAGUUUAUAUUAAUCAGUUUGCUGAGCUCAAAGAUAAAUGAAAACCUGGGAAGGCAUCCAGAAUGACCAGGAACAGAGACUGAAGAAGAUUGUGAAGAUCAUAUGAUUUUAGAUAAUGGGCUGUGUGCAAUGCAAGGAUAAAGAAGCAACAAAACUGACGGACGAGAGGGACGGCAGUUUAACUCAGAGUUCAGGAUAUCGCUAUGGCACAGAUCCCACUCCACAGCACUACCCUAGUUUCGGUGUGACUUCAAUUCCAAACUACAACAACUUCCAUGCAACAGGAGGCCAGGGACUGACUGUCUUUGGGGGUGUCAAUUCCUCUUCUCAUACUGGGACUUUGCGUACAAGAGGAGGAACAGGUGUAACUCUCUUUGUGGCGCUUUAUGACUAUGAAGCAAGAACAGAAGAUGACUUAAGUUUUCAGAAAGGAGAAAAAUUUCAGAUACUUAACAGCUCUGAAGGAGACUGGUGGGAAGCACGUUCCUUGACAACAGGAGAAACUGGUUACAUUCCCAGUAAUUAUGUGGCUCCAGUCGACUCCAUCCAAGCAGAGGAGUGGUACUUUGGCAAACUUGGCCGAAAAGAUGCUGAGAGACAGCUGUUGUCAUUUGGAAACCCACGAGGUACCUUCCUUAUCCGUGAAAGUGAAACCACCAAAGGUGCCUAUUCCCUGUCUAUUCGUGAUUGGGAUGAUAUGAAAGGAGACCAUGUCAAACAUUAUAAGAUACGUAAACUUGACAGUGGCGGAUAUUAUAUCACAACUAGGGCACAGUUUGAAACUCUUCAGCAGCUAGUUCAACAUUACUCAGAGAGAGCUGCGGGUCUUUGCUGCCGCUUAGUAGUCCCCUGUCAUAAAGGAAUGCCAAGGCUUACUGAUCUAUCUGUCAAAACCAAAGAUGUCUGGGAAAUUCCACGAGAAUCCCUACAGUUGAUCAAGAGACUGGGAAAUGGGCAGUUUGGGGAAGUAUGGAUGGGUACAUGGAACGGAAAUACUAAAGUGGCAAUAAAGACUCUGAAGCCUGGCACAAUGUCCCCAGAAUCCUUCCUAGAGGAAGCUCAAAUCAUGAAGAAACUAAAGCAUGACAAGCUAGUCCAGCUUUAUGCUGUGGUGUCUGAAGAGCCGAUCUAUAUUGUCACUGAGUACAUGAAUAAAGGGAGUUUGCUAGACUUCUUAAAAGAUGGAGAAGGAAGAGCCUUAAAGUUACCGAAUUUAGUGGACAUGGCAGCACAGGUUGCUGGAGGGAUGGCGUACAUUGAGCGAAUGAAUUAUAUACACAGAGACCUGCGAUCUGCAAAUAUCCUGGUGGGAAAUGGCCUAAUAUGCAAGAUUGCUGACUUUGGAUUAGCAAGAUUGAUUGAAGACAAUGAAUAUACAGCGAGACAAGGUGCAAAGUUCCCCAUUAAAUGGACUGCGCCAGAAGCAGCAUUGUAUGGAAGGUUCACAAUAAAAUCAGACGUAUGGUCUUUUGGAAUAUUACUCACAGAGCUUGUAACAAAAGGGAGAGUGCCAUACCCAGGUAUGAAUAACCGUGAAGUCUUGGAACAGGUAGAACGUGGUUAUAGGAUGCCAUGUCCUCAGGAUUGUCCCAGCUCCCUGCAUGAGCUUAUGAUCCACUGCUGGAAAAAAGACCCAGAAGAACGUCCAACUUUUGAAUAUUUGCAGGGUUUCCUUGAAGACUACUUUACUGCAACAGAACCCCAGUACCAACCUGGUGACAACCUGUAAAUUCCUGGUCUACACAGACUGUCAUUAACAGGUGUCCUCCCCCACGCCCCAUUAGCUUCCAACUCAGUGACCGGCUUCGCCAAAGUGCAGCAUCUUCCAGCACCAGAAUGCACAUGAGUCUGAAGUUGAGAACUUCUACAGAACUUGUCCAUGACCACUUGUCCUAAUAAUCUGAAUGUCCUCUAUGACAAGGAGAAAAACUUUUUUUUUCUUAGUCAGAGACUCAGAAACUGCAUUGUAUUGAUGUUAUGUAAACUGCAAAACCUCUGUUCAGUGUAAAUAGUAACUUAGUGCCAAUAACUGAUCCUAGUGCUUUCCUUUUUAAAGAAUGCGAAACCUAUGUGAUUUUAACUGGUCUCCUCCCAAUUCAAUUCAAAGUAUUAUUUUCCAAAAGUGGCCUCUUUGUCUAAAACAUUUUUUUUCAUGUUUGAACAAAAAAAGAAUCAGGCAGAUGUUUGUUUUUUGCUUUUUUUAUAUAUAUAUAUAUAUAUAUAUAAUAUAAUAUAUAUACAUACCUGUACAUACAGUAUAUGGGUUCUGUUGCAGAGGAAACUCAUUUCAGAUUGAAUGAGCCAGGCUGAUGCAGUAGUACCCAGAACAUAACAUGUAAACACUGGUAAGAUUCUGAAAGCCAGUGAUCUAAUUUUUGGCAUUUGCCAAGCAUGAAUUUUUUUCAAUUGGAUUGCACUUUUUGUUUAUGACUAUGUACUUGUAGAUGGUUGUAACUUUGCUCUUUCAGGAAUCAUGUGCUGUAUUUACAGUAAUGUUUCCAAUCUUUGACAAGCGUGUUAUAAUUUGUUCUUCAAAUUAAAAUGAACAUACUUAAAUUAAGAAAAACCACACCAUCACCUUUUGAACUGGAAGAUUGAAACUGCAAGUUCUUGUAUCAAAACAUGUAUACUGAAAUGUUUCAAAAACUUUUAUUUAAUAAACAUUGUAACCACAUUCAAAAGAUCUUAAAACCAUAGCAUUUUAGUCAUGUCCACCUACUAAACUGUUUAUCAUGCAACUAGGAUUUUCUGUUUUGUGUGUAACAUUGCCCAUUGUAAAAUAAGUGUGUUAAAUGUCCUGUACUGCUAAUGAAAUUACUUUCUAUAUGUCUGCGAGUUCUCCAGUGGAAUUACUAUGCACUUCUUUACAUUUCAUGGGAGAUGCACAGAACAAAGUAUUACUUUUUCAGCUAUUUGUACCAGCCUUGAGUGACUUACAUUUAACCAAAAACAAUUCCUUUCUAUUUCUAUUGAGUUUUUAAUACUGAGUUGCAAAUUUUAAAGUCUUAAUUACAUUUUGUUAUGAUUUAUUUGCAAGUUUACAUUUUAAAACUGUUUAACUUUCUUAAUUUAGUAAUUAAAAGAGAGCAUUUUACCUUUGGAUAUUUGUUCUUUUGUUUAAAUCAUGGAGAGAAGAAGGGGAAAAUACCAUUUUGGCAUCACCUUUAAUAGGGGAUGUACUUGGCCAUUUGUUUGUUGGUAUCAUUGUCCAAACUACAAAGCUAAUAUGAUUCAAAACAGCUGGAGUUCAAUGUCAAGGAUGGGUGAACAUGUAGAGUAUUUCACAGUUCUGUGUUUGGAAGAGCUAUUCUAGAAUAGCUCUCUUUAUUUCAUCAUUAAUAUUUGGGCACGUAAAUGUCACAGGAAAAGGUUUUUUAUGCAUAGACAAAUUGAUCAACAUUAGUCUUAUUACUGCAUAAGAAUAUUGAAACCGUGUUUAGUCAAGUAAUACAUUUUGAUGGUCGAAAUGCAA